CCUGGUACCUAUUGGGCUCUCCACUAUGUCAUUUGUGUUAAGUUCAUCCCCUCUCCUCCCCCUAUUGGUCUUCUGUAAACCCCUCCCGGGUCCACUCCUUCCCUUUAUAACCCUGAGGCACCCUUUGUUCUGGGUCAUUCGCUGAUACAUCGUGGGCUUUCCAAUAAACCUGGUUAGCCCCCACCGGCGAGUGUCCAACUCCUUCCUUCUCGUGGUUUAGCAGCGAUUCAGUCUACAAUCAGCACAGUCCGAGGCCUUACAACGGGAUUCGAAGCCGCAACUCCCCGCACCUGAGGAGGGCUUCAAGACGAGAAACCAUCCGCCUGAACUUUUCCUUUGCACCGCUGCUGGAUCAGGUGAGCCCCGGACUCGGUGAUUCCCCCCCCGGCCUUUUUAAUUUUCCCUGGGAGCCCUCCCUGCGCUGGGGACCGCUCCCGACCCUUCUUCCCUUGAGGGCUGGUCUCUGGGCGCUGCUCGUGGCCGGAGGAAAUUUUCGGCGCGGGGCGGGGGGUCUCGGUCUGCCGCUCGGUGUGCCCCGGCUCCCUGCUGCUGCUGCUGCUGCUCGGGGAUUUUAAAAGCAGUAUACACAGCUGCAUUGUUUCUCUGCAGCGUGUUUCGCUGUCUUUUAGAAUUCGCGCCGGCGGGCAUGGGGAAGCUCUGCCCUCUCUCUGUGCGGGGGGGGCCCUCUCGGCGCGGGGUGUUCUUCUGGGGACAGUCCUCACCCCUUUCGUUUUUGGUUUUCCCUUUCCUGUGGGGUCUGCUUCCCCAGACUUGGGGCCAGGUCCCACCACCUAAAUUCCUUUCUUUCCCCCCAGUGAACCCCCAGACUUGGGGACAGUGGGUGGAGCAGGGGCCGGCGGUGUGACUCUUGAGGGAGUGCUGGCAGUUCCCCUCGCCCUUUGGCCCUCUCGCUGCCGAGGCAAUGCCCAAAGUGAAGGGGAGCAGGAAGCCGCCCCCGGGCUGGGAGCUGAUCGAGCCCACGCUGGACGAGCUGGACCAGAAGAUGAGAGAAGCUGAGACAGAGCCACACGAAGGGAAGAGGAAAGUGGAGUCUCUCUGGCCCAUCUUCAGGAUCCACCACCAGAAAACACGUUACAUCUUUGAUGUCUUCUACAAGAGGAAAGCAAUCAGCAGAGAGCUCUAUGAGUACUGCAUCAAGGAGGGCUAUGCUGACAAAAACCUGAUAGCCAAGUGGAAGAAGCAGGGCUAUGAGAACCUCUGCUGCCUGCGCUGCAUCCAGACUCGGGACACCAACUUUGGCACCAACUGCAUCUGCAGGGUCCCCAAAAGCAAGCUGGAAGUGGGCAGAAUCAUGGAGUGCACUCACUGUGGAUGCAGAGGCUGCUCUGGGUGAAGCCUUUUGCCAUCAGACUUGUUUUUUGAACUCUGAGGGACAUCCUCCUCCUUCUCCUCAAUGGACUAUGGGUGUAAUUGCAGCCAUUUUCUGUGAUGGGCUAUUUCUGUAUUAAAUUAAAGCAUCAGCAUGGUCACCUGGAUCAUGCAUAAAUGGGGUGUCGCAGACAUUUUUCCACAG